CGCUCCCCGGGCUCGCAGCGGCUCCGUCCUCCCGGGGCCGGAGCGGGCGGCGGCUCCGCAGCUCCCGGGGCCGCUCUCCGCGAUGGCUUUCGCCAAUUUCCGCCGCAUCCUGCGCCUCUCCGCCUUCGAGAAGCGGCGCUCCAAGGAAUACGAGCACGUCCGCCGCGACCUGGACCCCGGCGAGGUGUGGGAGGUGGUGGGCGAGCUGGGAGACGGAGCCUUCGGCAAAGUCUACAAGGCCAAGAACAAGGAGACGGGCGCUUUGGCAGCUGCCAAGGUCAUCGAGACCAAGAGCGAGGAUGAGCUGGAGGAUUACAUGGUGGAGAUUGAGAUCCUGGCCACCUGUGACCACCCCCACAUUGUCAAACUGCUGGGAGCCUUCUACUGGGAUGGCAAACUCUGGAUCAUGAUCGAGUUCUGCCCUGGCGGGGCCGUGGAUGCCACGAUGCUGGAGCUGGACCGGGGCCUGACUGAGCCUCAGAUCCAGGUGAUUUGCCGCCAGAUGUUGGAAGCUCUCCACUACCUGCACAGCAAAAGGAUCAUCCACAGGGACCUGAAGGCUGGGAACGUGCUCCUCACCCAGGAUGGGGACAUCAAGCUUGCUGACUUUGGAGUGUCUGCCAAGAACAUGAAAACCUUGCAGAAGCGAGAUUCCUUCAUUGGGACCCCUUACUGGAUGGCCCCGGAGGUGGUGAUGUGCGAGACCAUGAAGGACACUCCCUACGACUACAAGGCUGACAUCUGGUCCCUGGGGAUCACCCUGAUCGAGAUGGCCCAGAUUGAGCCACCCCACCAUGAGCUGAACCCCAUGAGGGUCCUGCUGAAGAUCGCCAAGUCCGAGCCGCCCACGCUCAGCUGCCCUUCCAAAUGGUCCCUGGAGUUCAGAGAUUUCCUGAAGAAGGCGCUGGACAAGAACCCGGAGACCCGGCCCAGCGCUGCCCAGCUGCUGGAGCAUCCCUUCGUCAGCAAGGUCACCAGCAACAGGGCCUUGCGGGAGCUGGUGGCCGAGGCCAAGGCUGAGGUGAUGGAGGAGAUUGAGGAGAGUCGGGAUGAAGCAGAGGAGGAUGAUUCCUUGGAUUCUGCCUCGCCCCCUGGGAAUCACAAGCGGGACCCCUCUGAGGUGAGCCAGCUGAGCUUUGAUGGGGAGAAACCUCCGGACUUGCCCAAAGCUGGGAACGGCUCCGUGGGGACCGGCAAGGACCCCACAGAGGCCCAGAGCCACAAAGUCUCAGAUAAAAGGAUGAGCAGUGACAAUGACAAACUGGAGAGCAACCACUCCUCAAAAUCCAGCUCGGCCUCCUCGGGCACCCAGGACAAGCCAGACAUCAUCCUGCAGCCAGGACAUUUGGGUAACUCAACAGAGGGGAGCAAGGAGCCAAGGCUGGGCAAAGAGGAGAGGAAGAGCCUUGAGGAGAGGAAGAGCCUUGAGGAGAGGAGGAGCACUGGGGAGAGGAAGAGCAUCGGGGAGAGGAAGAGCAUCGUGGAGCGACCAGAGAGUGUUCUCCUGGAGAACUUGAGCGAGGAGAAGCUGGCCAAUGGCAGCCUGGAGCCCCUGGGGCCGUUCCCCGGCAGCCGCUCCAAAAGGGACUCGGAUUCAGGCAGCACUUCGGCGUCCGAGAGCAUGGACCUCACCAUCUCCUUGUCUGCUGACCUGUCCCUCAACAGGGAGAGCGGCUCCAUCUCCCUCAAGGACUCCCAGAUGCACAAGAAGACCCUGAAACGCACCCGCAAGUUCGUGGUGGACGGGGUGGAGGUGAGCGUCACCACCUCCAAGAUCAUCAGCGAGGAUGAGAAGAAGGAUGAAGAAAUGAGGUUUCUAAGGCGCCAGGAGCUGCGGGAGCUGCGUCUCCUGCAGAAGGAGGAGCACAGGAACCAGGCCCAGCUGAACAGCAAACACCAGCUGCAGCUGGAGCAGAUGCUGCGGCGCUUCGAGCAGGAGAUGAUGGCAAAGAAGAAGUUCUAUGACACGGAGCUGGAGAACCUGGAGAGGCAGCAGAAGCAGCAGAUCGAGAGGAUGGAGCAGGAUCAUUCCCUGCGCCGGCGCGAGGAGGCCAAGCGCAUCCGUCUGGAGCAGGAGCGCAACCACACCCGCUUCCUGGAGCAGCUCAAGCUGAUGAAGAAGGAGGUCAAGAACGAGGUUGAGAAGCUGCCACGGCAACAGCGCAAGGGGAACCUGAAGGCGAAGAUGGACGACUUCACGCAGAAAAAACAAACCAUGGAACAGGAGUUUUUGGCCAAGCAGAAGGAGGACCUGGAGCAGGCCAUGAAGAACAUCACAGCCCAGAACAAAAGAGAGAUCUGCGACAAGGAGCGCGAGUGCCUCAACAAGAAGCAGCAGCUGAUGAGAGACCGGGAAGCUUGCAUCUGGGACCUGGAAGAGCGUCAGCAGCAGGAGAAGCACCAGCUUGUCAAGCAGCAGCUGAAGGACCAGUAUUUCCUCCAGAGGCACGAGCUGCUCCGGAAGCAUGAGAAGGAAAGGGAGCAGAUGCAGCGCUACAACCAGCGCAUGCUGGAGCAGCUGAAGGUCCGGCAGCAGCAGGAGAGGGCCCGGCUGCCCAAAAUCCAGCGCAGCGAGGGCAAGACGCGCAUGGCCAUGUACAAGAAGAGCCUCCACAUCCACUCCAGCGGCAGCGCCGCCGAGCAGAGGGAGAAAAUCAAACAGUUUGCUCUGCAGGAGGAGAAGAGGCAGAAAGCAGAGCGGCUGCACCAGCAGCAGAAGCAUGAGUCGCAGAUGAAGGACAUGCAGGCCCAGUGUGAGAGCAACACCAAUGAGCUCCAGCAUCUCCAGAAUGAGAAGUGUCACCUCCUGAUCGAGCACGAAACCCAGAAGCUGAAGUCUCUGGAUGAGAACCACAACCAGCACAUGAAGGAGUGGCGGGAAAAGCUGAGACCACGGAAGAAGGCCCUGGAGGACGAGCUGAACCAGAAGAAGCGUGAGCAGGAGAUGUUCUUCAAGCUGAGCGAGGAGGCCGAUGGACAGAUGCCAGUGUCCCCGACCAAACACGCCAAGUUUGUUCCCUUCAGCUCCUCAGAGAGCUUGUAACACCUGGCAGGCCACCAGCUGGUACUGGCCAUGUCCUCCUGGGCUGCAGGGGGCAGCUUGGACUCGGAAAGCUCUCUCAGCAGCCCCUCCUCACCACAGCACCCUCGCUCUGCCUGGGAUAAACAUGGCCUCUGCGCUGAGGGGUGCUGACUGGAACUUGGGGUGGCUUUCCCAGGAGGUCCAGACUGGGAAUUGGGGCAGGACCCUCUCUGGACUGUACUUGCACUGUUAGCUGGAUGCUUCCUGGGUGAGCCUGGUGCUCACUGGGUUUGUCAGCUCGGGCUGGAGCAGGGACCACUCUGAUCAGGAGAAGCAGCCGCUCAGGGCAGGGCUGUCACCUCCCUCUCCACCGUGGCUGCUCCUGUCCCAGUCCUCUGUAAGACCUGGCCUGGGCCAGAGCAGCUUUGGCAUUGUCUUAAACUCACCUUGGCCUUAGACUUACUCCUCUCCACUGUGGUGCUUUUUUUUGCCACAGAGACACAGAGAUUUGGGGGUUUUUGCCUAGGGAGGGCUGGGUUUUUUCGUUCCUCCUCCUCCCCACACAGACUGUGCAGAAAGGGGCUGGAUGUCCUCCCAAAGAUGCUUCUGCUCUUCCUUUGCUGUGGCCACUGGCACCACAGCCCUGCUGGCACUGAGCUAACCCUCUGCUAUCAGGGGCUGCGUUCUGGGGUGAUUAAACUGCCCAGCUUUGGUUCUUGAGGAAGUGGAAGUGCAGAGGGAGAGGUUGGGGCCAGUGCUCAGUCCUGCAGUGACGCAGGUGAGGUGUCUGUCACUGUCACCUGCCUUUGGGCUGAAGGGUGUCACUGCCAGAGCUCUCAUCAUCAUCACACAGGUGCUUGAGGCUGGUUUUUAAGUCCUUUCUGCGUGGGGCCAUGUGGGUGAGCCAGCCUGGCCAGCGAGUUAUGGCUGCAGAGCAUCGUUAGGGAGGAGCAAAGUGGAACAAGGGAGAUGCAAAGGGGGCUUGUUGUUCCCAGCACCUCCUUGCCCACUGAUGUCCCAUCUCCUUGUGAUGUGCCACAGCUUUUGGGAUAGUUCUCCUGGCUGGGAGUCGUGGGCAGAGGGGCAGAGCAGGUCCUCUGUCCUUUCUGUCCCCUGCACAAGGCAGGGCUUGGCUGAGCCGCUGCGUGGGACUGGGAGCACAGAGCUGGGGAGGGGGUCAGGGACCUCACUGGCAGCACCUUCUUCUUUACACAACCCAAAGGUGUAAGGCAGCACUUAAGUCUUUCUCUGGACAACAUUGUUUGUUUUAGACCUGUUUCUUUAGCAAGAAAAAAUAUUUCUGCUUUAAAAAAAAUAAUAAUAA